AUGAAGAACCUGGCGAGCCUAGCUGGCGUAGUCGCAUUGGUGUCAAGUGUCACCGGACAUGCAACCUUCCAGGAUCUUUGGGCUACAUGCGCUAGGCUACCAACGAGCAAUAGUCCAGUGACGGAUGUGACGAACAGCAACAUACGGUGCAACGCCAACCAAGGUGCUGCGGCCUCAAAGUGCAGCGUGGCGGCCGGAGGGACUGUGACAGUUGAAAUGCACCAACAGAACAAUGACCGCUCAUGCGCCAAUGAAGCCAUUGGUGGCGCUCAUCAUGGUCCGGUCCUAGUAUAUAUGAGCAAGGUCGCGGACGCGGCCACUGCUGAUGGCUCUUCCAGUUUCUUCAAGAUCUUCCAGGACACUUGGGCGAAGAAUGCUUCCGGCGGGGGUGGCUCGGAUGACUACUGGGGAACGAAAGACCUUAACUCGAACUGCGGGAAGAUGGAUGUGAAGAUCCCUGCCAACCUCGCCCCGGGCGACUAUUUGCUGAGGGCUGAAGCCAUUGCUCUCCACUCCGCAAGUGGAUUAAAUGGCGCCCAGUUUUACAUCACCUGUUAUCAGAUCACGGUUACUGGCUCGGGGUCGUUAAAUCCGUCUGGAGUGUCAUUUCCGGGCGCCUACAAGGCAACAGACCCGGGCAUUCAGAUCAACAUCUACCAGAAAUUGGAAUCAUACGUCGCUCCUGGCCCGGCAGUUAUCGCUGGGGGCACAGAAGCUACUGCUGGCAAGGCAGGCUCCACGGUUACUGCCACGGCAGGAUCACCUCAGCCUACAGCCUCUGCGAGCAAGGGAGCUGUGUCUAGUACGCUGCAAACGUCAGUAAAGGUUACGUCGGCACAGGCUACACCAACGGGUGGAGGCGGCAACACUGGAGGGUGUACAGCUGCGAAGUUUCAACAGUGUGGCGGGAGUGGGUUUAGUGGAUGCACGACAUGUGCCACUGGCUCAACGUGUAAAGCGCAGAGUGGAUAUUACUCCCAAUGUGUUUAG